AUGAGGGUAAUAUCGGUGGGUUUCAUAAUAUAUGAAGCACAGAAUUUAAAGGUUGAAGACAAAGAAUUAUUGGAUCCAUUAGUAGUUGUUCGAUGUUGUAAUAAUGAAUAUAUAACAAAAAAAAAAAAAAAAAAAUACAACGCAGUAAAUUGGGAAGAAAGUCAUGUUUGGAAUAGAAUCGUUUUGUCGGAAAUCGAAUGGAAUGUUGCAAAAAUAGAAUUUGAAGUUCAAAGUGCUAACACAUUUUGGAGAAAUGAUGUAAUAGGAGUUAUAUCAUUUGAAUUAAAAUUAAUAAGAAAUAAAAAAAAUCAUCAAAUUUAUGGAACAUAUCCAAUAUUAUAUAAAAAUCGAACAGAAAUUCAAGGACAAUUAAGAUUAAAAGUUAUAGUGUGUAAUGAAAAUGACUAUACUUCAUCAUCUGAAAUAUAUAGUAGCUUGGCCCAAUACAAUAAUAAUACUAAUAAUAAUAACGAUAAUAAUAACUCAGAUAAUGAAAACUUUUACGAAGAUUUGACAAAAGCUGUUGUGGAAGAAAAUACCAUUGCAUUGAGAGAUGUUAAUUCUCGAUUUUAUUAUUUAUAUAUCAAUAUACAUAAAAUUGAAGAUGUAUAUAUCGAUAUUAGUAAAAAAAAAUCCAGAGAUUUAUAUAUAACAUGUGAAUUUAAUGGGUGUCAUUUAAAAUCAAGUCAAGGAAAUAAUUGUACAAAAUAUACCUUUAAUGAAUGUUUUAAAAUACCUAUUAAUACUCCUAUUUUAGAAGAUACUAUAAUUAUUAAAAUAUGGGAUUGGAAUUUUUUAUCAAAUGAUGAAUUAUUAGCUAUUGGAGUUUUAUCAUUUAAUCAAAUCAAAAAUAAAUCUAUCAAUCCCACGUGGUUAAAUUUAUAUGGGUUUCAUAAAGAUGAACUAAACUUGGAAAAUUAUUACAACAAUGGAAGUAAUGAUAUCGGUCUUAUUAGGCCUAACGAUUUUAAUCUUGCAUUAGAAGGAAAUGUAUAUCUAGGAAGAAUAUGUAUUAGUGCUUAUGUUGAAAGAUUAAGCAAUUAUGAUAGUCUAAGUAUUCCUAUUAUUCAAAGUUGCUUAGUCUAUGAUGACCCAUUAUAUGUCUCGAUUACUUUGCUGUGUGAUGUGUAUGUAGUAACUGGCCUUUUAGCAGAAAAUAUUUAUGUACAACUAACAUGUGGGCCUCACAAAAAAAAAACAGAUUGCGUAUCAGCGAAUGAAAUUGGUUGGGAUGAUGAUCAAAACAAUGCAAUGGGUGUAAAUAGAAAAAAAAAAAUGAGGAAAAAUAAUUCUGAUGAAAAUAUUACAGACAAUGGUGAAUUUUUCGAUUUCCUAAAUUUUAAUGGCAUUCUAAAUAUCGAUAAUUUUUUUAACACGCUUACAGAAAAACAACAAAUUUUAGACAAUAGUGGAAGUACUGAAUUUUAUUUCAGUUCUAGAAAGGGGAAAAUAGAUAAUAUGAAAUUAUGUUCUGUAGAAGAUGAACUACAACAAUGGGAUGUUAUAAUAAACGUUUAUGAAAAAGAAAAAAAGAUAAAUAAUGAUGGUAGUAUUUUUAAUAAUUUUAUGUACUCAGGAGGAAAUAAUAUGAUCAUUGACAAGUAUAAUUAUUAUGAUAAACAAAACAAAGAAUCCAAACUGACAGAUUAUCAAAAAUAUAAGAUUAAAAAAAGGGAAGAAAAUUAUGAUCAUCGAAAAUAUGAAGACGAAGAAAAUGAAAUAGGAGUAAAACAAAACAAUGAUAGGCGAAUAGCAUACUAUAGAAUGCCUCUAAAAAAUGUUCUUUUACACAAUGAGAAAAUAUCACGAUGCCCCAUAUGGUUACCAUUAAAAAAUAUUUCCAAAAAUGUAGAUAACGGUUUCAAUUGUAUGUAUAAUAUAUUUCAAAAUGGUUCUAUACUUGUUAAUUUAGAAAAAUCAUAUGAUUUACAAUUAGGGUUAAAUAGAAGAAAAAAAUUGGUUCCAGUAAAUUAUGAAUUAAGAUGUUAUAUAUAUGCAUGUAGAAAUAUAAUUUCAAAUUUUAAUGAUUCCCCUAAUACAUUUGUUCAUAUAUCAUGCUCUGGAAAAAUGAAAAUCACAUCUUUAGUUUUAAAUAAUUCUAAUCCCGUAUUUUUACAAUGCUUGAAAUUAAAUAUUACUAUAUUGACUGAUUAUUCUGUCGGUUUACCUACAAUUCCAUUUAUAGUAGUAACAUUAUAUGAAUUUCAUAAUAAUACUUUUUAUUUUAUUGGUAGAUGUUUUUGUAAUUAUGAUAUUUAUCUUAAAGACAAUCACAAAAAGUGUAACUUCGCCAAUAAAUCAUCCAAGUAUAAUAUGGUUGAACAAAUACAACCCAGGUGGAUUAAGUUAAAAGGAAAUAAACAUGCAAAGGCUAUGUACCCCAAUAUUUUGUGGCAACAAAGUGGGAGCUAUAAACGUAUAAUGCAAGAAUAUAUGUUUGAAAAACAAAAAGAUUUUUACACAUCGAAUGCUAAUAUAGGUGGAGAUAUUACCAAUGGCAAUAACUCAACUAAUAGAAUCAAUAGUCAAGUGAGGCAACCACAUAAUGAUUUUCUUCAUGGGGAACGUGUUGGAGAUAUAUUGCUUUACUUUGAAUUAGUAAAAGAAAAAGAUGCAAUGAAAAUACCAAUAUAUCCUAUGAUAACAGAAAUAAAAAAAUGUACUUUAUCCUUUUUUUGUAUGUCAUUAGAAAAUUUAGUAUUAAUGAAGAUUCCCUCUAAAAAAAAUGAACAUAUAAUUCCUAAUGGUUAUAUAAAAAAUAAUAUAACCUAUCCUAUUAUUGUACUAUCAAUUACUUCUUACUCAUCUUAUGGAAAAAAAAAAAAUGAGUUAUUAAUUAAAUAUGCAAAAUCAUUGAAAACAAACAAAAGAACUCAAUUAAAAAAUUGGAAGAAUGCUUUUAAUCAGCAAAGUUUUGAAAUGUUUGCAAUUGAAAAUUUUGAUAUUGAUGUGCCAUUGGAUCCAAUAUUUGACCCAACAUUAAACAUAAAAGUUUAUAAUAAAAAAGUGAAAGACAAAUAUUUUAUUGGAGAAACAAAUAUAUCUUUAAUACCUUAUAUACCAUGGAUUGAAAACUUAGAUGAUGCUUUAUAUUAUUUACAAGCAUAUGAGGACUAUUCAGAAACUAUUAAUAUUAAAAAUAUAGACAAUGCCUAUAAUAUAUAUAAGAACAAAAAUGCCGCCCUUGUCGUUACUGCUAUUUCUUUAGCUGACUAUGAACAUACUAUUAGCCUCAAGGAGGAGCUAAAAAGGUAUGAAAAUGAUGAUGAUCAAGACGAUGAUUGGAAUAACAUACCUCUAUUUCGUGGUACUUUCAAUGCAAAAUUCACUGGAAAAGCUGCCGGAAUGAUUGGUGGUAUGGCUGGUGGUAUGGCUGGUGGUAUGGCUGAUGGUAUGGCUGGUGGUAUGGCUGGUGGUAUGGCUGGUGGUAUGGCUGGUGGUAUGGCUGGUGGUAUGGCUGGUGGUAUGGCUGGUGGUAUGGCUGGUGGUAUGGCUGGUGGUAUGGCUGCUGAUAUGGCUAAUGGUAUGCAUUUGGGUCUCCAUUCCAACUUCAUUGGAUAUGAAUAUGACCCAAGGAAUGAUCAUCUUAUCAACAACACAACGAUGAACAAUUUUCAGAUGAACAUGAUGUAUAAUAGGGAAAACUUUUCUUCAGGAAAUUAUAAAGCUAAUUGCAUUGCCGAAUUUGGCGAAAAAGGAUCUAAAAUAGGGAACGGAUUUAAUAAUGAAGGAUACAUAACAAACACGAGGCAUUAUUUUUCCUGUUAUUAUAAUAAAAAAAAUCAACGAAAUAUUUAUAAUGUGAUGUACAAUGAGAGUGUUUACAAAUUGCAUGAUGAUGGGGUACCAGAAAUAAUAAAAGCAAGUUAUAAUGUUAAGAAUUAUCCAUAUAUAAAAAUAUUAAGAAAUAAAUUUAUUUUGAAUGUUUAUAUACCUCCUAGAUUUAUUUUAUAUGUAGAAGGAGAUAAAAUAAAUUUAGAGAAAUUUGUAAAAAAUACCCAUCGAGUUUCGGUCGAUGGAAUAUUGGAAAAUUACCUUGAUGAUAUAUUAAUCCCGUCUAUUCCAUUAAAAAAAAAAUAUAAUAAUAAUAUUUUUUUAAAUUGUGGUUACAAUGGGAAUAUAGGAAAUUUUGAUGGAAAUGAUCAGAAUAAAAUAGUCAAAGAAGGGAUAUCUUUUGGUUGUUUUGAGAAUUCUCCUUUUGUUGAAUUGGUAGGAGGGCAAAUUAAAUGUUUUACCAAAAUUAAAUACAGAGAUAUAAUAUCUGAACAUAUACCAUUAAAAUUAAAAGAUAUAAACAACCAAAAUACAUUUAGAAAUAAAUUUAGAGGAUCCAAUAAAAUUCCAUUAUAUUUAAAAAUAAGAGUAUAUGUAAUAAGAGGUAUUGGAAUAAACGGGGUGAAUAGUGAAUGUAGUUGCAACCCAUAUUUAACAUUUUCAUUAGGAGAAAAAACAACUAAUUUAAGAAAUUCAUACAAAGAAGAUAAUCCAAAUCCAAACUUUUCAUACCUAUGGGAAAGUGAAGCAAUAUUUCCAGAGGAUGAAAUAUUAACUAUAUCUGUUUAUAGUGCUGAGUCUAAUUAUGAUAAACAAAUCAAUGAUAUAUAUAUUGGGUCGACAGAAAUUAAUUUAUUCGAUAGAUGGAUGAGCAAAGAAUGGAGACAUAUGAUGAAAAAAAACAAAGUACCUAUAGAAUAUAGACCAUUAUACAAUAAUUAUUUUAAAAAUCAAAACCUCAUUAAAAAUAGUAUCAAUGGUGGUGGUAAUAUGUAUAACAAAUUAAACACCUGGAAUAAUAUUUUUUCCUUUUUUGAUAUUUUUACAAAUUUAGUUAAUUUUAACAUAAUGAAUGGACACUCAAACAACCAAUAUUACAAUGGUAAUAGUUUUUCAUCAUGCGGUAUAAAUAAUUAUAAGUCUAUUUCUAAUAAUGGGUUGCUUGAAAUGUGGGUCGAAAUUAUGGGCUAUGAAGAGGCAGCAAAAAUCCCUAUACACAAAAUGGAACCACCAAAGACUUCUGAAGUAGAAAUAAGAAUAAUAAUAUGGAGAUGCAGCAUUUUAUUAAAUGGGGAAAAUCCAAAUAAAACAUUUGAUUUAGUUGUUGCAUCUGAAUUAGAUUGUGUAAAUUAUAAUGGAAAGAACCCAAUUACACAAACAACAGAUGUGCAUUAUAAUUGUAAAACAGGUGACGCUAUAUUUAAUUGGAGAAUGGUUUACCCAAAUAUUACCCACCCAUUAAAUACCUGUUUUUUACAAUUAGCUGCUUAUAAUAAUAGUAAUGUUGGUACUAGCCAGUUUUUAGGAGAAGUAAAUUUAGAACUAUCUAAAUAUAUACAUAAAGUAUUACAAAUCGUAAAUAAAUUUGAGCUAGAUGCUGAACUUAAAUUAAGAAAAAAAAACUUUGGUGAUAAUACCAAUGGUGAUAAUAAUUGUAGUGGAACUAUACAAGUGACUGUUCAAUUUAUUCCUCAAAGCAAAGCAAAUAUAAAACCAUCUGGAUUAGGACGAAGUGAACCGAAUAGGAAUCCAUACUUAAGAACCCCUAAAAAUGGAAGAGAUUGGAACGAUUUUGCGUACUCUAUUGGAUUUAAUGAUAUAUACAAACCCUUCUGGAGUGGACUCAGAGUUUUUUUUAUUUUUUCCCUCGCUGUAUGGGUCUUCUUUCUUUCCUUUAUUUAUCCCGCCAUGUUGCUAUAA